AUGAUCAACUCCGGUCCUCUUCCUCGUGGUCAAGACGGCCAUGGACCUAGUUCGAGCAACGCCCAUUCAUCCGGCUCUCGGCCGGCUGAGUUCCCAAUCGCCAUUGUGGGCAUGAGUUGUCGUUUUGCUGGAGGUGCUACCAGCCCGGCCAAACUCUGGGAGCUCUGUAAAGAAGGCAAGGACGGCUGGUCGCCUAUUCCUGAGGACCGAUUCCAAGUCGAAGCCUGGUAUAAUCCCGAUCCCCAAGUAGUGGGCAGAACGCAUGUCCGUAGCGGCUACUUUCUGAAAGAAGACAUUACUCUCUUUGACUCGGCCUUCUUUAAACUUACUGGAGAUGUAGCUAGCUCACUUGAUCCCCAGGUUCGCCUUCUGCUAGAAGGAGUGUAUGAAGCAACUGAAGAUGCCGGGAUUCCCAUAGAGAAUUUAGUCGGCUCAAAUACUUCAGUGUUUACUGGGUGCUUCAGUAAGGACUACUACGAGAAUCAAUCUCGAGAUCCUGAUCUCCUCAAAGAUUCCAUCUCCGGAAAUGGCACAGCCAUGCUUUCCAACCGUAUCUCGUAUUUUUACGACUUGAGAGGAACAAGUAUGAGUAUUGACACAGGAUGUUCGGCCAGCAUGGUCGCCCUAAGUCAAGCUUGUCAGACCAUUUGGGCUGGAGAGUCGGACCUCUCUAUAGUGACAGGAACCAAUGCACUUCUAAACGAGGAUAUGUUCAUUGCCAUGAGUUGCUUGGGGGCCCUGAGCAAAGAUGGAAGAUGCUUUGCUUGGGACUCACGAGCCAACGGCUACGGCCGCGGCGAGGGCUGCGGGAUUCUUAUACUGAAACCUCUCCACGCUGCCCUGGCGUCCGGGGAUCGCGUGCACGCCGUCGUCCGAGCGAGUGGAACGAACCAUGAUGGAAAAACAACCACUUUCUCGUCCCCGUCCAUGGACGCGCAGAUCCAGCUUAUCGAGGCCACAUACAAACGGGCAAACCUCGACAUUAGCGAGACUGGUUAUGUUGAAGCACAUGCAAGCGAUCCGAUCGAAGCCGAAGCAUUGGCUCGAACCUUUGGUCAAAGCCGUCCGGUUGGCGAUCCGAUCCUCGUCGGUUCUGUUAAAACAGUAAUCGGGCACACAGAGCCGGUUAGUGGCAUCGCGGCCAUCAUCAAAACUUGCUACGCACUCCGGGACCGCGUGAUUCCACCGAAUCUCAAUUACGACGUCCCAAAUAAGAAUAUCCCAUUGGUAGACUGGCAUUUGAAAGUACCCACAGCUUUGACACCAUGGCCGAAAGACAAGAUGCUUCGUGCCUCCAUAAACAACUUUGGUUAUGGAGGUGCCAACGCCCAUGUCAUUCUAGAAGGUGCGCCAACUAGAGAGCCUCCGGUCGAAACCAACGGUGCCCCAAAUGGACACCUGAAUGGUUACUCAAACGGGUAUCAUGGUGAGGAGCCCGUGGAAAAUGGGAAGGUAAAUGGGAACAGAAAUGGACACUCGCAUACUGAGCGAUCAUUUGUUUACCUUCUCAGCGCAAAAGACUCCGGUGUAGCGAAAACUAUGGCAAAAACAUUUGCUGCACAUAUCCGCCAUGAGAGUGGCCAGCUGAUUAAAGCCAACAAUCUCGCUUAUACUCUUCAUACACGACGGUCAAAGCUUCCCUGGGUAGUUGCUGUCCCGGCAAGAAGUCUGACAGAGCUUUCCGAUCUCUGGGAAAGCCCGGCAAUCAAGGCAACGAACUCGUCCCUCAAGCCAGCGAAGAGGAUUGGUUUUGUUUUUAACGGCCAAGGAGCCCAGUGGCAUGCCAUGGGUAGAGAACUUAUCUACGCCUAUCCAUCAUUCGGUAAACAAGUCCGGGAGGCUUCUGAGAUAUUGUGCAAUUACGGCGCAAAGUGGUCACUUUAUGAGGAGUUGUUGCGUGAUGAGGAUGCUACGCGCAUAAACGAAGUCGAGAUCAGCCAGCCGUCGUCUGUUGCUCUCCAGAUGUGCCUCGUCGACCUCCUCAAGUCUUGGGGUGUUACUCCCACGGCCACGACCAGCCACUCCAGCGGUGAAAUCGCCGCUGCAUACACCGUCGGUGCGCUUUCUUUCAAAGAAGCACUUGGAGUUAUCUACCUGCGAGGACAGCUUGCUAUGGAGCUGCAGAAGCUUGAGUCUGUUCGAGGGUCUAUGGCCGCUGUUGGGCUGGGCCCUGAGGCAGCUGAAAAAUACCUCGAUAACCUCCCCCCUGGCCAACAUGUACUAGUGGCCUGUGUAAAUAGUCCCCAGAGUGUUACUCUUUCUGGGGACUCGGAUGCUCUUGAUGAGAUCUUGAGUCGCCUGGAAAAAGACGGCAUCUUCAAUAGGAAGCUGAAAGUGCAGUUGGCCUAUCAUUCACGCCAUAUGUCGCUAAUUGCCGACCAGUACGUCGCUGCUCUCGAAGCUAUCCUUCCUGACACGGCCAAGAGCUGGGAUGGGGUGCUUUUCUCGUCACCAGUCACUGGCAAGAUAAUCACAUCACCCGAGGUCCUGUCUCCUUCGCAUUGGGCUCGCAACCUCACCAGUCCGGUCUUAUUCAGUCAAGCGUUCGAGAACAUGUGCUUCGGCCCCAACGGAUUAUCCGUCGACUUGAUCGUGGAGAUUGGGGCUCACAGCACCCUAGCAGGUCCGAUACGGCAGAUUCUCAAGUCAAAAGGCCACGACAUCCCAUAUGUAUCGUGUCUCAAGCGCCCGGUUGACGCCGUCCAGACCAUGCAGGAGCUCGCAUGUGAGCUCUUAGGCCGGGGAUAUCCGAUCUCUUUGGAAUCAGUGAACUUCCCCGUAGGCACGGAAACGUCUUCCACGUUCGUCCCGGAUCUUCCGACAUAUCCCUGGAUCCACACCACGAGAUACUGGGAUGAGUCGAGACCAAGUCGACAGUAUAGGGACAGGAAGACACCACCUCAUGAAUUACUUGGCAGUCGGAUCACCGAUACUAGCGACAGCACCCACACCUGGCGAAACGUAUUCCGCCUGUCAGAACUAGAAUGGCUAAGAGAUCAUCAAGUGGAGUCUCAGGUCGUAGUUCCUGGAGCGGCCUACAUCUCAAUGGCUAUUGAGGCAGCUCGUGCCCUCACAGACCUGUCGGAACAGACAAUCCACGGAUACCGACUCCGGGACAUUGAGAUCAUGAAAGCUCUGGUCCUCCCCGAAUCGUCGCCUGUCGAGGUCCAGAUCUCCCUUCGUACUUGUAAUAAUAAGGAGCUAGAGAAUGUUGGCUGGUUCGAGUUCGAGCUCUGCUCGCGCCAUGCCGACAGCUCUUGGACCGAAAACUGCACAGGCUACGUCUCAUGUGAAAUGCAAAAUUCCCCAAAGGCUGCCACAACACGGGAGCCUACACCACCAACAACAAGAGAGUUUCUGAGCCUGGCAAGCGGAGAAGUUACCGAUGUCGAUGUCGCCUCAAUGUUCAAAAAGCUGCACAAAAUGGGCAUCCAGCAUGGGCCCUUGUUUCAAAAUCUGACCCACGGCCAGUCAGUAGAUGGUAAUGGUAUAACAGGUUUUGCCGUUGCGGCUCUUGCAUCUGCGGCCCGGGAUUAUGUGAUACACCCGACAACCCUCGACUCCGUCUUCCAAGCCACCCUUUGUUGUACUUCGGCUUUUGAGAAAAGCACUGACCUGAUGCUCCCUCGCUCGAUCCGUACUAUGUUUGUGCCAAAGUCCCUCAAGAGAACGGCGGGAGAUUCACUACAGGCUUUUACAAAGCUUGUUAGCUUGAACAAACGAGGGCAGACAUCCAACAUAUACGUGACGAACACUGAGGAUGAAGACGUGCCCAAUAGGCCGUUCUUUCAAAUGCAUGGUUUCUUCUGCCAGACGGUUCCUCGUGACCAGGACAAUGAGACUCUCGACCAGGGCAUGCUCUGCUCCAAGAGCUCAUGGGAGCUAGACAUUACAUACGGCGUCCCCGCAUACGUCAAAGAAUCCAUGAAGAUUCCUACCCCAGAGAAUGAAAUAGAGGCGGAGAAAAAGCUGACACGGGCUUCGGUGUAUUUCAUUCAUGACACCAUUCGUGAGCUGGAAUCACAACCCAUCGACACCAGCUCGUGGGCUUGGCACUAUGUGCUCUUCUACGAGUGGAUGAAGGCUACACUUUCUCUCGCUGACAGCGGAGAACUUCGUCCCGGCAGCCAGACAUGGACAAAGGCGACGAAAGGAAUAAGACAGAGGCUCUACGACGAGCUCGAUUUUGGCAACAGUACGAGUAGGCUGCUAUCCAGGGUUGGAAAGAACAUGGCAAGAUUUAUACGUGGAGAAAGCACGCCACUGGAGCUUAUGAUGGAGAAUAACCUCCUUAACCAAUACUAUAGCGAGAACCCAGGGUCUGUCCGUCUCUGCCACCAUGCGGGCGUACUAGCAGAGUUGUAUGCUUCGAAAAGUCCUGGAGCUAGCAUCCUGGAAAUUGGAGGAGGCACCGGUGCAUGGAGUAAGGCAGUUCUCGAAGCCUUUGAUGCCAGGGGCCAACGGGAAGGCCUCGGUGGCUCAUUGCUUGGCCGUUAUACCUUCACCGAUAUCUCGCAAGGAUUCUUUGCUGCUGCUCGCGAGAAACUUGCUCCGUGGGAGGACAUGAUGGAGUUCAAGCCACUCGAUAUCGGCGAGGACCCCACGACACAAGGCUUUGAAGCUGGGACUUACGAUCUGAUCGUGGCGGCCCAAGUGCUUCACGCAACGAAAAAUCUAGCUACGACACUGUCACAUGUCCGAAAACUGCUUAAACCUGGGGGCAGGCUCUUACUUUUUGAGUCUACCAAGGGCCGUCUUGAUGAACAGGUGGUGUUCGGGGUGCUCCCAGGGUGGUGGCUCAGCGAAGAAGACGACCGGAAGAUGAGGCCGCACGUCUCCGCAAGGAGGUGGGAUGAACUGCUCAGAGAGGCUGGCUUUGGUGGUAUAGACUUUGAAAUGGACGACUACGAAGAGCCAGAUAUGCAGUCUGCAAACACAAUUCUUUCGACUGCCGUCUCUACCGAAGCGUUCCAGGUCCCAAUCACGAUCGUAAACGAGCCAUCCCAAGCACCACCACAAGCAUGGCUAUCAGAACUUUCCGACCGCAUUCACAAAGAAACGGGAAUAGUUCCGUCUAUUGAGAGCCUGGAUCAAUUAGAGGCUCAUGGGAAAAUAUGCGUGUUUACGGCUGAACUUGAGCACCCCUUUUUAGAUGGGAUUAGUGAGACAUCGUUUGAGUUGCUCCGAAAACUCGUUAUGAACAGCCAUGGGGUGGUUUGGUUGACGUCUGGCGGGCUUGCUACUUCUGAAAACCCUUCUUUUGCUGCCGCCCAGGGAUUCUUGAGGACUCUGAGAUUGGAAGAUACCGGCAGGCGGUACAUCCUCCUAGACUUUGAGCCGACGGGUUUGUCUGGUGACCAUCCAUGGACGAGUGAUAAGAUCGGCUACAUCACUCACAUCCUACAGCAGAGUUUCAAUGACAGCCUCAUCCAGGAUUCAGGUAUUGAGAACGAAUAUUCCGUCAAAGAAGGAACGCUCCAGGUAUUGCGGCUUAUACCAGAUAAGCUAAACAGCCAGCUGUGCACUGAGGGCGACGUAGACGUCACGGCCGAGCUUCAGCCAUUCUUCCAGCCAAACCGGCCGCUUAGGUGGGAGCCGGCCAGUUCAGGGGUUUUGAGUGACAUGCACUUCACUGACAAGCUCGACAUCGACGGUCCCGUUCCUAGUGGCUAUGUGGAGGUGGCUGCCAAAGCCUUCGGCUUGAACUUUCGAGACGUUUUGGUCGCCUUGGGCCAACUAGAGGAGGACUUCAUUUCUCAUGAAGUCACUGGCAUUAUCACACGGCUGGGUCCAGAUACCGAAGAGAGCGGAUAUCAAGUUGGAGACAGGGUUUGCUGUAUGUCUGGAGGACGCUAUGCUAGCGUAUCGCAGACGCAUUGGAUGACGACUGUCAAAAUACCUGGCAACAUGUCUUUUGAAUGGGCUGCAGCGAUUCCUGUCGCGUAUGCCACUGCCUAUCACUCCCUCUUUCAUCUUGCCAGGGUUCAAAGAAACGAGACCGUUCUCAUUCACGCUGCAGCAGGAGGUUUUGGACAAGCAGCCGUAGUGCUAGCUCAGCACGCGGGUGCAAAGGUUUUGGCCACGUGCAGCUCCGAGGCAAAACGAGACCUUCUAGCCUCUCAGUAUGGCAUACCGUUGGAUCAUAUUUUCUCCAGCAGAGACCAAAGCUUUGCCCUUGCCAUUAUGGCGUUGACGAAUGGAAAGGGAGUUGAUGUGGUGCUAAACUCUCUCUCGGGGGCAUUGUUGAAGGCUACGUGGGACUGUGUUUCCCGCUUUGGUCGCUUCAUUGAGGUUGGCAAAAUCGAUAUUGAAGCUUCCCGCCGUCUAGACAUGUCGCCGUUCCGCAAGUGUACCACGUUCGCGAGCGUCGACCUUUUGCAGCUGAGGGAGUAUCGGCCUGCCCUGCUGCGGGAAGCACUUUCAGAAGGACUUCGGAUCUGCCACGAACGAGCCCAAAUUCCCAUUCUUCCUAUAUCCAGUUUUCCAGUCACCCAAAUCGAAGAAGCGCUUCGUUUGAUGCAGGCCGGUAAGCACAUAGGCAAGCUAGUUCUCUUACCUGGCGACACGGAUAAAGUAAAGGUAGUCUCAAAGCUGAGGCCAGUCUCCCUGGCGGAUGAAGACGCUACAUACCUCAUUGUAGGUGGCGUGACCGGCAUUGGCUCUGCUAUUUCAGAAUGGAUGAUAUCCAGAGGAGCGAAGACUCUAUUGCUCGUCUCUCGUCACGCUACUACCCAUCCCAACGCCCACCUCCUUCAAAAGCGAGGUGAAGCUGCCGGAUGCAAUGUUCAACUUCGAGACUGCGAUAUAUCCUAUGAAGAUCGGCUCGUGGAGCUUCUUGCCGAGUGCUCUCGCACACUGCCCCCUAUUCGUGGGGUUGUAAAUGGUGCCAUGGUGUUGGAUGACACUAUAUUCGAGCGUAUGACCUACGAGCAAUGGGGCCACGCGGUUCGCCCUAAGAUCAACAGCACUAGGAACUUGGACAAGCACCUACCUCAAGGUCUAGCCUUCUUUAUCUUGCUCUCGUCCGUUGUCGGGGUAGCUGGAGGCACUUCACAGGCCAACUACGCCGCCGGUAACUCGUACCAGGACGCCAUUUCCCGCAACCGGAGUGCCCGUGGCCUGCCUGGUGUGACUAUCGACCUCUGUGCUAUUCGAAAAGUCGGCUAUAUCGAAAAUCGGCUAGAGGAAGGUGACGAGGGUGUCAUAAACCGCGCCAACAAGCUAGGAGUCGGCGAAGUCGACGUCUCGGUCGUCCUCCAGCUUCUUGAGGAUGUUAUCCGUAACCCCAUCCGCUCUAGUAGUCAGGAGAACAGCCAGGUGGUCAUGGGCGUCACUGAUAAUACAAUGGAUGCCAUGGUUGAGAACUUGAACCUAACUCGUGAUCGGCGGUUCAGCAGCUUACGGCUUGCGAACCGUCGCCGUGGUUUGCAGUCCACUGACACUGGGUCUCGGGGCAGCAAAAGCUCAACCGCCGUGCUAGCCAGUGCACUUUCUUCUAGCAGCAUUACUGCCCAAGAGGCGUUGUCAUUGCUUGUAAAUGCCGUGUCAACUAAGUUGUCUGAGCUGUUUAGCAUUCCGCUCGACGAGAUUGAUAUCUCACUGCCCUUGUCCCGGUACGGCGUUGACUCGUUGGUUGCGGUAGAGUUGCGGAAUUGGCUCAGUAGUGCGGCCAAAGCAAAGGUUUCAGUCUUUGAAAUUGUCCAGGGCGCUUCAUUAGGUGAAUUUUGCAAGCUUGUAGCUGCAAGGAGCGAGUAUUUAUCGAGUGGCUAG